UUCAGCCUCAGUGUGGACAAAUUCAACAUCUGCUCCACCUGCCACAAAGUGAUCUGCAACAACGGAGCUUGAGGACCGACUCCAGAUCAGCCACUCACAGGUCUUCACUUCAGCCGAUAUUAUUGAUACAGAAUGCAGACGUUAAAUUUUUUGGAAUUUUAAGUAACACUUCAUGUGACGAACUUUGUGCUGUAAAAGAUAUGAGGAAUUUGGGUGCUUUUGUUGUUCCAUUUUUUUAAAUAAAGAGGAAGUGCAAGAAGAAAAAAAUGGAGGAGCACGAAACUGUCAACUUCUUGAGACUCUUAUCAGAGGAAAGUACUCAGUCCACUCUGUCCUCAGACUCCUGUGAGUACUAUCAGACAGAGAUAUUUGACCAGCUGCCCAGUGUUCAGGCCUCACGGCCUGAGCAGAACAGAUAUGGUCAUUUGGAAGCCUGUGAGGCCUACCAAGGUGGUCCAGAGUCUGGGGAGAGGAUCAACCAGGGCCACCCGUCCAGAGGACAAAGAGACAAGACGUCUGAGGAGCCACUCAGAAACUUGGCCAUGUGUAUUCAAGGGAAGAGAAGUGCCAGGGAAAGAAGGAAGAUGCAGAUCAGUAAUAUUGGUUUUUGGGAGUCCUGGAGGAGGAGCCAGAUUAUCAGCAGGAGGAGGGUUUGGGCACAGAUGGGAGAAGCUCUGUCCGGUCUGUUGCCAUGGCGACACACACUUCACAUCAUCGAAGGCAGGUUUGGAGUUGGAGUGAAGUCCUACUUCGUCUUCCUUCGAUAUCUGGUUCACUUAAACUUGCUACACUGUGCUCUUAUCGGGGGAUUCAUUCUGGGACCUACAAUAUUUUAUGGCAGAGGCAGCAACAGCAAACCAUUGAGGUUCGGAGGCAAUGACUCCGUUUUAGAUUUCUUCCUGGGAACGGGCUACCUGGAUCGGUCUCCGGUCUUCUAUGGUUUUUAUACUCGUGGUUCCCUGGAUUUGAAGUGCUUGAACACACCUCUGCUGUACCUCGCUGGAAUCCUCACCAUCCUCCUCCUCAGUCUCAUUAUGGUGUUUCGCAGAACCACAGUUGGUUACAAGCACACGUGGAUGCUUGGGAAGCGCUACAGCAUGAAUGUGAGCUAUAAGAUCUUCUGUGGCUGGGACUUCACCAUCCAGGAUCCUGCUGCUGCUUCUCUCAAACACAGCUUCAUCAGAAAUGACCUCAAGCUGUUCCUGGAGGAGCAGAGUUUCUCACUGCGGGCGGCUCAGAGGACACUGGGACUGAAGAUCCGUCUUUACCUGCUCAGGUUCAUCCUCAACCUGCUUGUCUUGUCACUGCUGGGUGGAGCCUUUUAUCUCAUCUACUUCUCCACAAAAAUAUCUCAGUAUGAGAAUGAACACAACUGGUUGGUCAGUCUGGUCCUCCAGUAUCUUCCUCCCAUCACCAUCACCUUCGUCAACCUCGUGCUCCCUCACAUCUUCCGUAAGAUCUCGUCUUUUGAAGAUUACUCAUUCACCACGCAGGUGAACACCACACUUGUGAGGAGCAUCUUCCUGAAGCUGGCCUCCCUCGGGAUCUACUUAUUCUUCGUCUUCACAACAGAACAACAGCAACGUCUUUGUCAGUGCAGGGAGAACAAGUUUGGCAGAGAGAUGUACAAGCUUUGCAUCUUCAACUUCCUUGCCACUUUCAGUGCCACCUUUCUUUUGAACUACCCCAGGAAGCUGCUGCAGGAGAAGUAUCCCACAUCUCUGCUGACCCGGUUGUUGGGGAAACAACGCUUUCUGAUCCCCUUCAAUGUGCUGGAUCUGGUGUACAGUCAGACUGUGUGCUGGGUGGGAGUCUACUACUGCCCUCUGCUGCCUCUGAUAGGAACCGUCAUACUGAUGGCAACGUUUUACAUCAAAAAGUUCAGUGUCCUGCGCUGCUGUGUGGCAGAGCAGCGGAUGUUUCGAGCCUCCACCUCCUCAGUUUUGUUCCACUUCAUGCUGCUGCUUGGUCUCUUCAUGGCUGCAGCCACACUGGGAUUCAACCUUUACCUUUACCCUUACCAGCAAGGACUCACAUCGGACACGAACAUGGCUUUACUGUCCUCCUGUGGUCCGUUUGGAAAUGGAGAAACUGUGUUUAAUGUGACAGACGUUUGUUUCAACAAACUUCCUCAUGCAGGCAAGCUCACCGUCCGCUACCUGACCUCUGAGGCCUUCGCUCUGCCGCUCAUACUGGCUGAGAUCAUAAUCUUAACCUCGUAUCUGUCACGGAGGCGAGCCAAUCAGAAAACCAUUGAGAGACUGAAAGACAUGCUGGUUAUGAGCAGCUCAGAUAAGCGUUUCCUGGUGAAGCAGCACGCCACAAUGCUGAGACGUAGAAAGAUCACCAACAGAGUUCGUUCUACAGAGGAUGCCCCGCUCAAUCACUGAAAGACCCUCCUCCAUGCAUUUAAACUGGUUAAAGUGUCCACAGACUUCCACUUAGCUGCAGCAGGAGGCCUGAGGUGGCUGAAAAUGAAGAGUCAAAAGACUGUUGAACUCAAACUUUUCCAGUUAUGUGAAAUACAAAGAUAACAAAUACAACUGUGAACCUUUCCUGCAGAAGUCACAUAAGUCUGAAUGUAAACUAAGCAGAAAGUUUGUUUUUGUGUUCAUUUUGUGUUCAUUUUAUGUCCUUUUGAGCGUGUUUAGCUUGGGUUUUUUUCAGUUUAGAGACAAUACUUGAAAUCAAUGUAUGCAAAUGAACAGAGUCAUUUAAUAUACAGACAUAAUAAUCCCAGUAUUGUUUCAAAAUGUCACUUCCGCUGACAGUGAAUGUUUUUCAGAUGCAAUGCUCAUUGGAACCUUUUCGUUUUCUGCAUGCUUUUAAUCUUCAUUUGUCUUUGACAUCACACUGAUACUUAAAGUGAAGGAAAACAUGUAGCCAACAUGUUAUCUGCUUGCAACAUAUGUGUAACACCCCUUUGCGUAGAUGUGCACACACAUGCAUGCACAACAAGACACAGACAUGCAACAGAGCUACAGAAACCAUGCCAAAGAUACAUGCAUAGCACUGCAAUGAAGAAACACCAAGGUCUUGAUUUUUGGCCAGUUUUGGGUGAGUUGGUUGUAUUAGUUUAAAAUGGCAAUUUAAAUAAGUUAUUUAAUGGACUAAUAUUCUGACUGAAAUGUGUUGUUGCUGUUUUUUAAUUUCAGCUAUGGCAAGUUUGCUCAUCAAGAUAAGUGGAUCAAAUCCUCUUCGCCCAGUGUUGACUGGUCCUGAUAAGGCCUACCUAAACUCAAGGGUGGCUUUCCGAUGUCUUGUACCUGAUUCCCCUCCACCUGUCACCUAUGAGCUGCUGAAAGACGGCGAUGUGCUGGUUGGCAGAGAUACUGAUCCCAUAGGAGGCCAAUCUGUAGCAUUCUUCCUGAAAGUCUCUGCAGCAUCAGAUGGGUCUUACCAUUGUAAUGCGACAGCUGGAGGAAAUACAGGAGUCAGCAACAGCAUCCAGCUGAGUGUUGUCACUCCAGCAUCAAACACCAGAGUGACCUCCGACCCCUUCCCCCCGGUAGUGUAUGAGGGGUCACGUCUUGUCCUGAGCUGUGAUGUCCAAAAAGGAUCCCACCUUUCCUACACCUGGUUCUUCAAUAAGAAGGAAGUAACAUCUUCUGCCUCGGCCUUCUUCCACUUCGCUGGGAACAAGCUAGUCAUGGAGAGCGUAACCCCAGAGCAUGCUGGAGAUUAUUACUGCAUGGCUUGGUCCAUGGUGAAAGACAUCAGGAGGUUUUCUGCCAGCCAAGAGGUUCAGGUGACAAUCAAAGUCUAUGUUUCGAAACCGAAGAUCGCCUUCUUCAUUUUCAAAGAGGGAGACAGUUACCGUGGCAACAUAACCUGCUGGUCUUCCAGAGGGAGUCCUCCGGUGAACUUCUCUCUUUUAGUAGAUGACAGGGAGAUGGGAUCUGUCACAGAAACAGACUCCCUCGCUGCCUGGUUCCAGGUCACCGUGGUACCCGGGCUGGACAUGGGUGUGGCGAGAUGUCGGGUAAAAUCUGAGCUGCAAGAACUGAUGAGUGAACCGGUGAACCUGGAAGUAGUGCCAGUUGGGGGUGAUGUGAAAGUGGAGGUGGAACAUCUGUACACGGCUGAAUCCAAACUGGCCGCUGCCAGACUGAGCUGUCAUGUCAGCAGAGGAACUUUUCCUUACUUCUCCUGGCUCUUAAACGACACCAUCCUUCCCACGUCACAUGAGGAUUCCCACAUUCAGACCACCCUGCCUCACUUUGCCCUCGCUGAACAAAGACGAACCCUAGUCCUCCCUAAGCUCAGCCCAGAGGAGUCUGGGUAUUACCGCUGCAGGGCCAGGGACCAGUACGAUGACUCUGGGCCUUGGGUGGAGAGCGCCGCUGAGCUAGUCCAAGUUACAGGUGAAAAUAUCAAGACAAAGCAAAGAAUAGUUAUCUCAACCCUCUAAACCCCAAAACCAGUGGGUUUUGGGGUUUAGAGGGUUCAUCAUAAAAUUGUUGUGUGUGUUUUUUUUUUAAAUGUGUUCUUUGUGUAAAGUUUCUGCACUCAUUUUUACCUUCAGUCAGGAGUAUUAGCUUCAUACUUCAUGAACCAUCUUCUACUGAAACACCACCAAGUAAAAAUACUACUUUGUAUUUUAAUUAACUUACAUGCUACAUCUACAGUAUGAUAAACUGACCUCGCCCCAUCACUUCUACAGAGGUUUUCUGGACUGCCACUGAGGCGAUCACUAUUGCAUUCUGCUGCUUCCUUCUCCUGGCGCUGACUGUGGGUUCAGUUUGUGUAUACACGAUGUUUGAGCACAACCAAGCUCAUGCCCACAUUCCUCCUGCAAAGUCUGAGGCUCUUCCUUUGUCUGAAACUGACGUCAGAAAAGCUGACUGAUAAGUCCCCUACAGAUUGUGAUGUCUUGAAUUAAGUAGUUUGGAUCAGUACGAUACAGCCUGCUGUCUAAUUAUACUGUCAUUUACAGGUCACUUAGUUUCCUCUAAAUAAUAAAUACGCAAAUGUAACUUUGUAGUUGGUCUUCUUCUAAGGACUGUUUAAUUUCACACUAAUUAUACGGAAAAUAGGUGCAGUGUUUUGGAUAGAAAUCACAAUAUUUCUAAUCCGCAGCUGUAAUACAUUUGAACACUAUGUCAGUUUUCCUGUUGUUAGUACACAUUUACAAAAGCUCCUGAGAGAAAACACACACACACACACAAAAUAAAGUGUGAGUCAAUUAAAAGAUUUUUUCGUAAAUCUACUACUGAAGUAAAAGCAGAAACAGUUUGAGAUAAGCAAUAAACUCAAAAGGCUCCUUAGCAGCAACUCAGAGGCAUCCAGGCCUCAAGGUCAGUUCACUGCAUCAAAUCAAAAUCAGGUUCGCUGGUGACCGACCCCAAAGACAUCAACAGAGGCUUUAAAAGUUUUCACUGCAAGCUUUACACCUCUAAAUCCUGCCCUUCUCACUCGCACAAAAGCAACUUUUUGACUCCCUUGCACUACCUAAAUAUGACGACAUGGCCAAGAAAGACUUAGAUUCUGAUUUCACUCUGGAUGAGAUAAAGUCUGGCAUAAAUUUCCAUCAGGCAAAGCAGCUUGGCCAGAUCACUUUGGCUGCAAAUCUUAUAAAACACUCUUUGACAUCCUCGCCCCACUCCUUCUCAGAAUGAGAACCAGCUCUAAGAAUGAUGACGCCCUACCUAAAGCAUUAUACAAAGCGAACGUAUCAUUGAUCUUAAGAAAGGCAGAGACGAGACAGACUCAGGUAGCUAUAGGCUCAUCCAGGGCUUCGAUAGAAAGGUAAUUACUAAACUGCUGGCUAAACAGACCUGCCAGAAUGAGACACUGUGGCAACAUAUAUAGUGGCUGAUCAGGCCACAUUUAACACACAGGGGGAAAACUAUAUACACAAUAAUUAAAACUAACACAAUGAAAGUCUGAUCCCUCCUACAAUGUAAGAGCUCUUGCUUUGGCCUGUGGGAGGGACGUCAUCAUAGAGCCAUGUUCCGCCCCCAGCAGCCCUCUUUUGUCUGUCUCCAAGCGGGAAAUGCCACCCAGCAGCCGGAGAAAUGAAUUAAUACAAACAUAUAGCACAAUGAUAAACAAUGUAAACCGAAUGUGUGCACUCCAUCCAGAAAACAGUGUGCUGUCAAAGUGCUAAUAAACCAGUUUUAAUGAAAGCAAA